AUGGACACUGUAGCACUCUUCUUCACCGGCGCUCUCGUCGCCGGCGGUAUCUACUGGUUCCUCUGCGUCCUCGGUCCCGCAGAGCGAAAGGGAAAACGAGCCGUCGAUCUCUCCGGCGGCUCAAUCUCCGCCGAGAACGUCCAAGACAACUACAAACAGUACUGGUCCUUCUUCCGCCGUCCCAAAGAAAUCGAGACCGCCGAGAAAGUCCCCGACUUCGUCGACACUUUCUACAACCUCGUCACAGACAUCUACGAGUGGGGAUGGGGACAAUCCUUCCACUUCUCUCCUUCCGUCCGAGGAAAAUCUAACCGCGAAGCCACGAUCAUCCACGAGGAGCUCGCCGCCGAUCUGAUCCAAGCCAAACCCGGCCAGAAGAUCCUCGACGUCGGAUGCGGCGUUGGAGGUCCGAUGCGCGCGAUUGCGUCUCACUCGCGAGCCAACAUAGUUGGAAUCACGAUCAACGAGUAUCAGGUGGACAGAGCUCGUGACCACAACAAGAAAGCCGGGCUCGACGCGCUCUGCGAGGUCGUGUGCGGCAACUUCCUCCAGAUGCCGUUCGACGAUAACAGCUUCGACGGCGCGUACUCAAUCGAGGCGACGUGCCACGCGCCGAAUCUGGAGGAGGUCUACGCGGAGAUCUAUAGGGUGAUGAAACCUGGAUCUCUCUAUGUCUCGUAUGAGUGGGUCACGACGGAUAAGUUUAAACCGGAGGAUGACGAACACGUGGCGGUGAUCCAAGGGAUCGAGAGGGGAAACGCGCUUCCGGGGCUUAGGGCUUACUCGGAUAUAGCAGAGACGGCGAUGAAAGUUGGGUUCGAGGUUGUGAAGGAGAAGGAUCUGGCGGCUCCACCGGCUGAGCCGUGGUGGACCCGGCUCAAGAUGGGUCGGGUUGCUUAUUGGAGGAACCACAUUGUGGUUCAGAUUUUGUCUGCGGUUGGAGUUGCGCCUAAAGGAACCGUUGAUGUUCAUGAAAUGCUGUUUAAAACGGCUGAUUUCUUGAGCAGAGGUGGCGAGACGGAGAUUUUCUCUCCGAUGCAUAUGAUUCUCUGCCGGAAACCGGAUUCUUCGUAG